AUGGACAUAUCUUCAGAAUGGUUGGAAUUCUUAUUUUUCAAACCUGGCGAUGCUUUUGCAGUAGCCGCUACAGAAGGUGUCUUCGUGUACUCUCUGGAGAAAGCAGGCCUUGGAAGCAGUCUUCUCGGUGGUGUAUCCAACUGGCUCUUUGAUGCUGUCGCCGUGGAUGAAGACACAACUCCAUCAAAUGCUCGUCUUCAACUUUCUCAAGGUAACCUCUCCACCGCUUUGGACAUUGCUCUCCGAUUGCAGAUGCACGAUCUUAUUGAGGAGAUCAUCGAAGCUGUUCCACACAGUUUGGAUUACAGCACGUUGCUCAGUUCACUGCUUGGUGUUCUAAAGUUCCGAAGCUAG